UACCGUCGAUCAGAGUGCAAUCCAACGGUAUUCUUUCUCUCAUCCUUCGCUUCCCAGACGCCCAUGUCCAGACAACGGGCUAUAAAACCGUGCCACAACAUAACCCCAAUCCAUCUUUUACACUGAAACCUGACCGGUGAUUCUUUAAUCAUUGUUCUUAAACGGGUCAGAUCUUUAUCGGCAGAUGGAGACUGGAGGAAAAGUGAAGAAGGGAGCCGGAGGGAGGAAAGGCGGAGGUCCGAAGAAGAAGCCCGUUUCUAGGUCGGUCAAAGCAGGUCUGCAGUUUCCCGUUGGGAGAAUCGGCCGGUACUUGAAGAAAGGGAGAUAUUCACAGCGUGUAGGAACUGGUGCUCCGGUUUACUUGGCCGCUGUUCUCGAGUACCUAGCAGCUGAGGUGCUGGAAUUGGCUGGAAAUGCAGCAAGAGACAACAAGAAGAACAGAAUAAUACCAAGGCAUGUUUUGCUUGCUGUGAGAAAUGAUGAAGAGCUUGGAAAGUUGCUUGCUGGUGUGACCAUUGCUCAUGGAGGUGUCCUUCCAAAUAUCAACCCUGUUCUGUUGCCCAAAAAGAGUGAUAAAGCUGCAAAGGAACCAAAGUCUCCCUCUAAGGCCACCAAGUCCCCCAAGAAGGCUUAAGCCUUUAUACCUCACUCAAAGCCAAUCUGGGUGCCUCAACUCUUCUGCUCUUGCUGUAUGUAAUUUUGUUGUAGGGGAAACUUGUCUGAAACAUUGUGUAGUUCCUUUGAUCAUUGUAAUACCAUGUUAGGAUUGACAUUUUAGAUUAAUGGAAUGAAACAACUAAAUUAUGUUCUUUA